AUGUCUGACCGGGAGUUUAGCUCAAAUGAUGAUCUGUCGCUGCCCAAAGCCACGGUCCAAAAGAUUAUUACAGAGAUCUUGCCGCCUAGCUCCGGCCAAACCUUCUCAAAGGAUGCGCGUGACUUGCUCAUGGAAUGUUGCGUCGAAUUCAUCACUUUGAUCUCCUCCGAAGCCAAUGAUAUCAGCGAGAAAGAGGCCAAGAAGACAAUUGCUUGCGAGCACGUGGAAAAAGCAUUGCGGGAUCUCGGGUUUGCUGACUACAUCCCCGAUGUGCUUGCUGUUGCAGAAGAACACAAGCAGCAGUUGAAGUCACGAGAGAAGAAGCAGAGCAAGAUGGAGCAAAGUGGUCUGACAGAAGAGGAGCUUCUGCGGCAACAGCAGGAGCUGUUCCGAUCAGCCACCGACAAAUACCAUGCCGUUCCUGAAUAG